AUGGCUGAGCCACAAGUUGGUGAUCAUGGCACUUCAGCAACAACAACAACAAGGUGUAAAGGCAGGGCUUCAAAGCGUGCCAUGGCAGCACCGACGGAGGCAGCAGCGGCUCCAUGUGGGGCUUGCAAGUUCCUUAGGAGAAAGUGCAUUAGUGGAUGCAUCUUUGCACCUUACUUUGGUUCUGACCAGGGUGCAGCAAGGUUUGCGGCGGUUCACAAAGUGUUUGGUGCAAGCAAUGUGUCAAAGCUAUUGUUGCAUAUUCCGGCGAACCGCCGCCAAGAAGCGGUGGUUACUAUAUCUUAUGAGGCUCAGGCAAGGUUGUCUGAUCCUGUUUAUGGUUGUGUGUCCACUAUUCUUGCUUUGCAGCAACAGGUGGCAUGUUUGCAAGGGGAGCUUGCUAUGGUUCAAAAUCAGCUGAUGAAUAGUAGAUUUGCAUUUGCAAGUGCUCUUCAAAGCACUCAUCAGCAGCAGCAGCAGCAACAACAACCAAACAUCAAUUUAGCAAUGCAGCCAGCUUAUUCCAACAAUUCAUCUGCUUCUGCCAACCUUAUGAACAUGAACUGCUUCAACCCUGGUUAUGACCUUGCAAUGGAGACAGCACCCUCAUCUUAUAGCUUCGAGCCUCUUCAACUCUCAAGGCUGUCCCAGGAUGAGGAAGAUGAUGAAGAAGAAAGUAGGAUUCCCCAAGUGUUCAACCAUGAGAUAGUACUUCACCGUCACUGA